AAUUAAUUGGAAUUUUUACAUUGAAUAUUGUAAUUUUUUUAGAAAAAUCUUAAAAAUAUAAUUUAUUUUACUUAAAAUUAGCAAAUCGGUCAACUAAAAAAAUAAUCACGUUUACAGUUUGAAAUCAAAUACGUACUUUAAUUCAAUGAAUACCAUAGUAAAUUACUUUGAGAGUCCAACUAAAAAUCAUGGGGAUGUAUCUGUAAAAAUUUCCGCAGGAAAAGAUGAAAAUGGAACCUGUAAAAGUAAUGGCAAAGUAUUGCACAUAGAUCAAAAAACGAAAAAAUCAAAAAACCAGGAAAUUGUUAAAAACAUGGAAGAGGUUUUGAAUUUAGUUAAAAAACAGCAUAGAAACAAACAUAAAAAUAAAGCUGCUGAAAAAAGAUCUAAACACCAUAAACAUCAUAAGAGUAAUUCUAAUGAAAGUGAUGAAUGUAAUAGGAAAUUAUCGCCAUCAGAUGCAGAAAAAGAAAAAAUUAAAAGAAGCAGAAAGAAGCAUAAGGGUGGAAAACCAACUAUACAGGAUAUGUUAAGUCCUACAAAGAAAGGAUGUGAAAGUUUUAAGUCCUCCAAAUCUGAAGUGAUACCGAAUGGCAAACAUAUUAAAAUGUCAGAAUUAGUAACUAAACCAGUUUCAAGCAGGUGCAGUGCCUUUGCAGAUAAAAAUGAUUUGAGCACUAAUUCAAUUAAUAGUUCAGGAGUAGUUGAAGACAAGAAAACCGUAAAUGCAUUUGAAUUUUUAAUGAGCGCCAGAAAUAAAAGUAUUGGUAGCAAUAGUCCAGGAAAAGAAUCGCCCGAAAUUAUUAACGUAGAAGUAAUUGAAAAAAGGAACGUAAAUUUAAAAAGAAAAUUAAUGCUUGAAGAAUGGGCAGAUCGCAGAGGGGGCAAAAAAAGAAAGCUUAAAGAAGCUGCAAGGGAACAGUAUAUUGAAGAAGAAAUGGACAAAAGAGCAAUAAGACUCAAAGAAAUGAUAGAAAAUCAGCCAAAAAAACGUCGUAGUUAUAAAAAAAUGGUUUCUCAAAAAUUGAAACAAAAAGAAACCAAUCAAAAUGAUCAGAAUGUACUUAAAAUAUCAAAACAUAAAAAGAAUGACGAACAAAUUUCUGAAAAUAAAUCAGAAAAGAAAGAAGAAAAUAUGAGAAGAUCUGUUCGAAAUUCAAGAAAACUAGUGGAAAUAAAUAAUGACAUUUCUUCAACAGAUGAUUUUUUAAUGAACUUAUCCUCGCCAAUAAAAGGUAGACAAGAUUUGUAUGGUUAUUUUGGAAAAACAACACCCUCGCCAACUGAAAAAACUCAAGACUUUAAAAAAAAAGAACAGAUUUCUAAAAUAAAACAAAAAUCAAAAUUUUUUAAUGAAAACUUGCAAAAUAAUGCGGCUGAUAAUGAAGUACCAAAGAGAGGUAGAAAAAAGAAAGAAAAAUUAAAGAAUGAAGUGGAUGUUGAGGAACUUCAGGAUGAAAUAUUAACCAGUACCCCGAGAAACAGUGAAAGACCGCGAAGAUCUUGCGUUGGGAAGGCCCGAUAUGAUGUCAAUGACUAUGAGUUAGAUUCUAGUUUUGAAAAAAAUAAAACGCGAAAGAAAAUUAUUACAAUAAAUAUAGAUGAUGAUACGAAUGAUGUGGUUGAUGUUGACAGUAGAAUAUGUAUAACGAAUGAUAACAAAGAAGAUUUAAUUUCUCCCCAGCCUAAAAAACUAGCUCCAUUGUUUGUAAAGGCGGUUCAAAAGACUUAUAUUGAUCCUGAAAGGUUAAAAGCACGUCAAGACUUUCUGAUGUCUGGAAUACCCGAAAAAAUGAGAAUAGAUAUUGCUAAAAUGAAACAAUUUGAACAAAAUUAUGAACUAUACAAUACGGUUUUUCCUAGAAUAAGUCAUGUACCUUCAUGGGUACAAGAUGAUGAUUCAAGUUCUAUAAAUUUGAACAAUUUAAAUAUUACUUGGAGAAUAAUUGAUGAAGAAGACGACUCUGAACUUUGUUCGUUUGAAAACAAAAAGUCUGAUAAAUGUAUUAGAAAUGUUUUACAUAUUGAAAAGGCAUCUUCGUUUCUGGAUCCACUUUCAGAAUUGAAAUCUUUAGAAAAUAAACGAAUAUUAAUCAAAGAAUGGAAAAAUCUGUACGAUAAAUUUCCCACGUACAAAUGCUAUAAUCAAUUAAGAGAAAAAUACAGAUAUUUUAGUGCAAUGGAUACUGCUAUAGAUACCCAGGAAAUAACAGAAUCUUUUAUUGUUAGUACUAGACGAAACAGGGAAAUCAAAUUGGAAUCUGAUGCAAAAAAGGACUUAUGUCUUUUAGAUAAUAUAAAACCACCCACAUCUGCGCCAAAUGGAGAAUUACUAUUUUGUGAUAAAUAUAAACCACUUGUUUCGGAACAAAUAUUAGUAAAUGUAACACCUGUUUAUCAGUUGAAAGAAUUUUUAUCCAAUUGGCAAAAUAAAAGUAAAACAGUUCGUUCUGAAGAGCUAGAUAGCUCUUUUGAUUGUACGAAUGACACAAGUAGUAACUCGGAUAUACCAAAUUGCGUUGUUUUGGUAGGACCAACUUCUUGCGGAAAAACAAAUGCUGUUUUUGCGUUAGCUAAUGAACUGAAUUUUAAUGUUUUAGAAAUAAAUGCAGGCAUGAAGCGGAGCGGAAAAAAAUUGCUUCAAAAUUUGCAAGAAGCAACACAGUCUCACCAAAUACGCAAAGAUUCAAAAAAAUCUAAUCUUCUUUUGAAAAGAUCACUUAGCGGGUUAAAAAAAAUCAAAGAUGUUUUGUCAAAUGAAAAUUCCUUAAGUUCUGAACCAGAUAGUAGCACAAAAAUGUCACUAAUUUUGGUUGAGGAUGCUGAUAUUUUAUUUGAAAAUCACGAUCAAGGCUUUGUCGAUGCUAUUUAUCAGUUGGUAGGCAUCUCAAAACGUCCAGUAGUUAUACUAGCAAAUGAUAAAAAUUGUCAACAUUUACAAAGAUUGAUCAAUCAAAAUUAUAUUGAAUUUACAAAACCGCAUAGUGUCAAUAUUUCGAAGUUUUUAACAAUACUAUCUCUAAUGGAAAACUGUCCGAUUCAUUUGGAUGACAUUGUAAGUCUCUAUUAUUUCAACAAAAUGGAUUUGAGAAAAACGAUUUUGGAAAUGCAAUUUUUUAUACAAAGCGGAGGCGAUAGAAAAGUUCAAGAAGAAAUUUGCACAAAUAAAUCUCCGGUAAAAUCCUAUUUCGCUUCUCCCAAAAAGGGAAUUGUUGAAACUGAUAACAUGAGCCAGGCCAAUAAUGGGUAUAAUACUUGUAAGGAAGAAGAUUAUAUUAAAGAAGAUGUUUCUGUCACUGAUAAAAGUAUUAAAAAGCCAUGUGAUCCAAAUGAUUUUUAUAUCCACAGGCAACUAUUUGAAUUUUUUACUGCAUCACAAAAUAUUCGCUACAAAAUACCAUUUCCAAUUAAUUUUGAUUUACUUUGGGUAAAUAUAAAUGAAGUUUAUAAAUUUUUGUAUUCUCAUAAUGAAGAAUCAAACAAAUCCGUCGAAAAGAAAAACACAAGUAUAGUAAAUUGCACUAAAAUGGAGAAAAUAGUUGAUUUUUAUGAUAGUAUAUCAUUAGCUUCAAAUGUUGAUGCAUAUAAUGGCGGUUGUGGUUUAGUUAAUUCCGUAGAACAAGAUAUUUCUCACUAUUUGGUCGAAAAAAGUAUUGAUUAUUUGAUACAAACUGACGAGCUAUCUUAUAAUUUAUUUGAUGAAAAACCUAAGCCGGUUGAAAAUAUACUGUCACAUAUUUCACCAGGAAAUCAACGUAGCAAAAGAUCAAUAGCACUAGAUUUUGAACCUAUGUUACGUUCAAUAUGCCGUAGUGAAAAAUCGAAAUCAAAUCAAAAGCGAGUUGGUACAAGAUACUAUCAUUAUUUAAGGAAUAUUGCAUUUAAUUUGAAUUCGUUUUCAUUGCAACUUUUUGAUGAUGUUUGUCCAAUUUUUGUUGAUGAUCAAGAAAAAUUUAUUGAAUACAAACCAAUUGAAAAUAAUAACAAAGAUUGGUUGAAUUAAAUUGUUCAAAAAGAUGUAAGGCCGGUCAUAGUAUUUUAUAAAAGUAAAUUUUUGUUGAUUAUAAUUCUAUAAUAAAAACACAUAAAUUUUAAAAGUCAUUCAUUAUAUUAAAGUAAAAUUUCUAUUUGAAUAUACUGUUAAAUAAAUAUUAAUUAAUGUUAAGUUGUGC